AUGGACCGAACUUUCCGUCAGUUGGAAGGCAAUCAGUCGACCGAUUGCGAGAAGAAGCGGACGGCGGCGAUGACGAGCGGGUAUCGAGCUGAGAACGGCCGUCUGAAGGGCGUGAACGAGGUGUAUAUUAAAACCAAGCUGCCCAACGAGAAAUGCGAAAAUUCGGACUACGAAAUUCAAAUCAGUAGAAAGUUUAAAAAGUUCGACAGAGAAUUCGUCACGUUGAGGGUUGACAGCGAGCGGAUGUUGAGCUGCAGCGGCGAUCAACAGACCGACGGAUGUCGACAAAUYGCAGAACGCGUUGAAGAGUACUUGAGCAGAGUCCGGGAGUUUUUUAUUAGUAAACUGACACACGUCAACUCGAUGGAGUCCACGUGGACUUUGAGACGCAGGACUCUCGCUUUAGAAACGUUAAAAAAGUUGUAUACACGCGACRUGUCCAGGAUGGAUGCUUGGAUCGAGUCGGUCGUCGAGGCGUAA